CAAUUUGUAUACCUAUGUAGAUAUAUAUAUAUAUUUUUAUUUAAAAUGAGUGUAUCAAAGCAAAAUUCUUCAUUCAAUAUAUCGGCUACUUCGUCUCAUUUGGACAAUUAUGAAGAUAUACAAACAGUAAAUGUGAGAAAUUAUAUAAAAGAUUUGUUGAAAUCGCGAAUAUUCUUAGGUCGCUAUCUCGAAAGGAGGCUUAUUGAUCAGCGUAUUGGUUAUCGUGACGUCGUCUUAGUCAGCCCUGCAGAAGUAGAGCUCAAGAGAGAUUUACAAGAAGCACAACAUAAGCUUCAAACUAUAUAUCCAAGUAUUCAUUGGAUUGGGAUAUCGGACUCUGAAGCUGUAGGCCACAAGUCUGGUGUUUGUCUCUGGACCGAGAUAGAUAACCAACCAUUCGGUCCAUUUUGGUUUCAAAUAAAAACUAUAAAAUUUCGAGAUACUGAAAUUAUUGUUAUUUUAAAAUGUGUGAGACAUAUAACAGAUUCUUUCUUAGAGAUAGAGCCAAUACUGACAGGAUCUAUAGAAAAACCGAUAAAUAAAAGUGAUGGGAAACAAACUACUAUUGAAUCCGCAAUCAGUGAGACAUAUGGAGAUAUUGCUAAAAAUUUUCAAAGUGCAUUAUCAAUAAAAAAUGCAAAAGAAUUCUUAACCUUCCUGUUUGCUUUUGUAAUUGCAAUAUUCACGGGAAGUACUGCUUUCAUUAACUUUGUAGGUAACUUUAUUUUAGCUUUGGUCAGAGAAAUGUCUAUUUUAAUUAAAAACUCAACCCCAAUGUUUUUGGGAUUUCUAGAUUUCUUGAGCAAGAUAGUUGGUGGUUUUUAUAUAUUAAUAGCAAUGUUUUUUAAGCCUAAUUCCCAGAACCCUUUGAAUAAGAGAAGUGUUGCAUAUUAUGAAAGAACUCCACAAAAUUAUGAUCCUAGACAUUUCGACUGAUAUAUUUAUAAGUAUUGUUUUAUUGUAUUGUGAUAUUUUGUUUUGGAUCUCAGUAAAUAUUACUAUAAAACAGACAUAUAAUGCCGUCAGGAAACAAACUAUUUUAAUAUAUUUUGAUAUAUUCAAG